AUGGAUCGCACCACGACCAUCGGCAAGCCGCCAGUUCGCCGCGUGGAGAACAAGCGCCCGGCCAGCACCACCACCACCUCCACCUCCUCCUCGCGCAAGACUCCAAUGAGUACAGCCAAAGCGCGCCCAUCGCCCACCUCCACAACCAAGACCACCACUAAGCGCACCACCACUGCAGCAAGCGCCGGUCGACCAGCAUCGCGCGACACCAUCACAGAAGAGCCAGAGCUUCAGCCAGCAGCAGACAUCGCCUCGCUCACGAAGACUCAUUCAGACACCGACGAGCAACAGCGCAAGUCGCCAUCAGCGCUCGACAUCGUGGAGACGAGAAUCCAAGCCGUUGAGAAGGCGUUGGCAGAGAGCAAGUCACGUGCAUCCAUGAACGAAGAAGAACUACAGAAAACCAUCGAAGAGAAGGACCAAGACCGCGAACAACUCGCCAGAGUCGUCGAAGAUCUCAAGCAAGAGAUUGAUCGCUGCCAAACCAAACUCGACGCAGACGUUGCGAAACGAGCACAGGAGAAGAGGGAGGCCAUUGAAGCUACGGAACAGUUAAGAAAGGAGCUCGAAGAAGAGCGAGAGACACACAAGAAGGUCAUCGACGAGCUGAGAGCCGAAAACGACCGCUACAAAGCCGAGCGCGAAGCAGACACCGAAGAGCGCGCGCAAGAGAAGCAACAAGCAAUUGAAGUUGCCGAGCGACUUGAAAUGCAGCUUGAGGACCAGCGGGAGGCACACAAGAAGAUGAUGGACCAGCUGAGGGCGGAGAAUAGAUACUUGAAAGAGGAGCGCGAAGCAGAUACCGCAAAGCACGUACAGGAGAUGAAGGAGGCAACCCAGGACACCGAGCGCCUUAAGCAGGAACUCGACAAUGAGCGGGAGGCGCACAUCAAGGCUAUUGAGAACCUUAAGGAGGAUUUCGCGGUCAUAGAGAAGGCGCAUGAUGAAGGCGCGGGGGCCGUUGAGAGCCUGAAGACAAAAAUCUCCGAGCUCGAGACCGAGCGAAAUGAGCAGAUCAGUCGCAUUGGUGGCCUGGAGAAGGCCAUCGAGCAGGAGAAGAGCGACUACACCGACUCGCGCCUGCAGUUCAAGGAAGAGCGCAAGCUGAAGGCUGAAGAACUGGAACACAUGCAAAACCAGAUCCAAAUCUGGCAAGAGAAGUCCAUGUACAACUUCAGGUGCAAGGCGGUGAUUGAAGCAAACCUGCAGCUCAAGAUCCAGGAGCUUGAAGAGGUCGUCGAAGAGGCACGCAACGAAGUCAUGGAUGCCCGCACCGAGGCCGAAGAAGCUCGCACACAGACUGGGAUCGCCCGCACCGAAGCUGCAGAGGCUUCCGUGGAAUCCGACCGUAUCAUUAAGAAUGGUCAAGACGAGAUUCAAGAGGCUCGACGGGACGCUCGAUGGCAGAUAUACCUCGCCGAGAACAGCCAGCAAGAGGCUGAGAACUAUGCGGAGCAGCUGAGGGGAGAGAUGAUGGAUAUGGCAAUGGACUACGAUGAGCUUAAGGAGGCUCGUGGUGCGUUGGAAGAGGAGCUUAGCGGGUGCAAGAAGACGAUGGAACAGGAUAAGGUCUACAUCAACGAUCUUCGUGACGAAAAGUGGGCUGCUGAGAGAGCAAAGGAAGAGGCUGAGAAGAAGACGGCUGAAUUGACGACGGAGUUUGAGACGACCAAGGAGAAGAUGGAGGAUCUGACGAUGGAUUACGAUGAGCUUAAGGAGGCUCAUGGAGCGUUGGAAGAGGAGCUCAACGGUUGCAAGAAGACAAUGACACAGGAUAAGGUCUACAUCAACGAUCUUCGAGAGGAAAAGUGGGCUGCUGAACGAGCGAAGGAGGAGGCAGAGAAGAGAUUGGCUGGGCUGAUAACGGACUAUGCGACGGCGAAGGUGAAGUUGGAGGAUCUGACAAUGGAUUGCGAUGAGCUUAAGGAGUCUCGUGUUGCAUUGGAAGAGGAGCUCAGUGGUUGCAAGACAGCGAUGGAGCAUGACAAGGACGAACGAUGGGCUGCGGAGAGAGCGAAGGACGAGGCUGAGAAGAGGUUGGCUGAGCUGGAGCGCCGCUUCUCCGAGACGCCAUCAGCCCACGAGAGCGACCACAUGAGCAUAUCACCCACGCCCGCUUAUCCGAGAGGCGGCAAACGCGCCGGCGCCGAGCGCUCCUCACCACAGAGCAUCGUCAAGCUCUCCACCGCAGCAACAGACCACUACGCGGCUCCCAGGGUCAGGCCGCCCACUACGCCGCUCGGAGAAGCGCGCCAGGACAGCGGCCUCACGCUCGAAGGUACUAUCGCGAGCCUCCAGGUCCAAGCCGCGCAGCUUCUCGAAGCGCAAGAUGACAUCCAGGCGGAGAACGAGCGGUUCAAGAGACGAAUGGCUUCGGCGAGAAAGCCUCGCAGCAGACAUUAG